CCCCCGCGGCUUCUAGUGCGGCGUUCAGCGGGGCAGCCCUGGGAGCCUGUGCCGAGAGGCCGUGCUGAAAGAGCUGCUCCUGCUCUGUGAUUUUAUUGUUUCUUCUGUAUUUUCUCCUGGACUGAGCGAGGCAGGUGUCAGAGCUGCCCCCUGUGCUCCUCGGACUGAAAUAGGCUCCUUGCUGCGGUAAGUUUUAUGUUUGCCGUCUGUGUCAUGACAGCAAGGAAGAUCAUCAGAUGGAUCGUUUUAAAGUAAAACAAGUGCAGUGUACAAAGUGCAGAAGGAUCCAGCAGGCUCAACAGAGUUGUGAGGAUUGCAGCAGUGUGUUUGGAGAAUAUUACUGCGGUAUAUGCCACCUGUUUGACAAAGACAAGAAGCAGUAUCACUGUGAGAAGUGUGGCAUUUGUAGGAUUGGUCCAAAAGAAGACUUUUUCCAUUGUUCAAAAUGUAACUUAUGUCUAGCCUUGAGUCUUCAAGGAAAACAUAAGUGCAUUGAAAAUGUCUCCAGGCAGGACUGUCCAAUAUGUUUGGAGGACAUUCACACCUCCCGUGUCGGAGCCCAUGUUCUGCCGUGUGGACACCUUCUUCAUAGAACUUGUUAUGAAGACAUGUUAAAAGAAGGUUACCGAUGCCCCUUGUGCAUGCACUCAGCUUUAGAUAUGUCCAGGUACUGGCGACAGUUGGAUGAUGAAGUGGCGCAAACCCCUAUGCCCACGGAAUAUCAGAACAUGAUGGUGGAGAUCCUUUGCAAUGACUGCAGCACCCGGUCCACGGUACAGUUCCAUAUCUUAGGCAUGAAGUGUACAAGCUGUGAAUCCUACAACACUGCUCAAGACGGAGGAUGCAGGAUGGCUGUGGAGCAGCAAUGACUAACACACACAUCAUGUGUUACUGGAAAGAAAACCAUCCUUGUUUGAUAUGGCUGCUAAGGCACACUGCAGUGUCUCAUAGUACAAAUGGUUUCUCUGUUCACGUCCUAUCACAAAAUCCCAAUUCAGGCUCCUUAGGAGACCAUCACUCUCUGCUGUUAGCAUAUCCUACGAUUCCCCCACUGCAGUGGUUGUGAAGUGCAGGUCCAUGUCAGAGCGCCUGUGAGAUCUCACGCCUCUGCUUUCUACGGUGAUGCUCCGUGGAGAGAGUUCUUGUCUGGUGGAACUUCCCCUUCCAUGGUGCUGCGCAUCACACAGUGUUAGUCCUAGAGAACUGCAAGCUUUAGAGGAGAGCUCAGCUGUCUUUUCCACACUGUAUAGAUACAUAUUUCUAAUAAGAUGAUUUGUAAGCAAUAGCUGUCAGAACUGAACUGAUUCUGUGGCAUCUGAGGGCUCUGACCAGAUUCUGUGGAGGCUGUUACUUCCAGGAAGAGAGGGCAGCAAGAAUGGAUAGAUACCCAUUCUGCAUAGAAAUCCGUGCAGAAGGUCAGUAGCUUGGAGUGCUAUCUUAAGGAAAGCUUAAGGAUUCAAUCUUUUUGGUAAGUAGAUUUUGUAAGUUUAUUUGUAGGUGGAUGAAGUCUAGAAAAUGGAGAUGACUGUAGAUGGAAGCGCUGUGGUGGUAUAAAUCAUUUAUCUUCAUCUACAACUCCCAUCCACAACCUGCACAAAGUGAAAACAGGCAGGUUUAUUAAUGUAAAGCAAGGCUACUGUGUGUCAGCUCAGUGUGAAUAUAUUACACCUUAAAAACGGCUCAAAGCUGCUGCUUCUCUACUGAUUUCUCGGGGGAACUAGUUUCUCCACAUGCUAGUUCUUUUCACUUGCUGCAAUUACACUAGCUAUUGAUUUCUGUCCACCCCAAAGGCCCUGAUGCUGAAAGUCUUACCAACGUGCUUCCUUUAAAUGUGCCAGUGGUCUGUUAACUUCAGUGAGUCUGUUCAGGUGCAGGAAGUUAAGCAUGUGCAUUUGUCUUUUCAGGAUUAAGGCCAAAAAUAGAUCCAUUGAUUCUGCAAUUUUACAAAAAUUCUCCAAUUUAGGGACACUCUCAGGUGGCUUAGGCCCAGUCUUUGCUUUUGUGAUUAUGUUUUCAUGAAACUAGAUCUUACAAAACAAUUGUUAAAAUAUACUGAAAAUAGUUCCCUCCAGAGCGUUGGCAGUCUGAAUACUGCGGGAUGGCCCUCCUUUGUGAGAGCCAGUGUGUGAAAGUAGCUCCAGGUAUGUAUGAAAGAUCUUUGUCUCUUUCUUUGUCAAUGCAGAAAAUCACAAACCUAGCUUCUCACGAUAUAGCUUAUUUUUUAAACUUGUUCUGAUUAUCUAAAGGGUCACUAAAAUUUUAUUUUUCGUCUGGCUUGUCCCUUUAUGCUAAAAAAUACUUCAACUCUUAAGUGGUGUGCGGUAGUAUUAGUGUAUCCUGCUACUGAAAUCUAAGUGCAUAUACGUAGGUAUCUUUUUCUAAAGCACUUUUCUCAAUGCCAUAAAUUAAUGUAUUUGGAUGUACAGUAAUAUCUUUAAUAAAGCAGAUUAUAGUAUAUCUUCAUUAUUUUGGUGGUCUGUGUUCCUGGGAAGUGUCAAGUGAGUUUGAACUAAAAUAGGAUGUUGUAAAAAUACAGUUUGACAAUUAAUGUCAGUGGCAGUGAUGGAUUUUUCACUUCUCUAGAUGCUGGACCCACUGGUGUGGGAGAAUGCGAUUGCAGCUGGAAUACUGCUUGACUCAAAGUUUUUAUACUAGAUCUGUGCUGUGCUUUUUGACCUGCACAGUUGUUUACGUUGGAAAUAGUUUUCCAGCAGCUCAGGUUGUUCCUCAGUCUCUCUGUGGCAGUCCCCACAGCUACACUGGACUCCGCAUGCCUCCCUCAUGAGGUAAUUUGACGUUUUCUCUGCAGUUAUGACAGUGUGCAAUAAAUGUGACGCUAAUAGUGCUAUGGAAGGUUGCAACAUCCAUAGUUAGUAAGUUGAAAAUUAAGCACAGACAGUUACCUUGACCUCUGGGGUAUGUCUAGGCUGCACUCUCCUUUCAGCAGCAUUACAGUACAUAAACGAUACACACCCCGAGCAUGGAUACAGGUAGAAGUAUAGACAGUGAGACACAAAGACAGUCCUGAAUGCUGUGGGUUCAUAACCUACUCGACUCUGCCCAAGUAGUGCAGCCCCAUCUACACUGCUGUUUUAGCAGCGUAAUGUCCCGCUACCUCCUAGCUGCCGGAGUCUUUCCCCGUUGCAGGGAAAGGCUCAGGCAGCUGGAAUGACUUCCUGGGGGAUGUAGUGGGGAAAGGCUCCAUCAGCUCUCCACUGCCAAGUCUUUCCCUGCUUGCCCUACCCCCACCAGAGCCUUCCGCUGAUGUGUGUAACGGCACCCACAGGGUGGGCUCAGCCUGCUUUUCAGUCUGGCUUGUAGCUACACAGGAAACCUGCAUGCUGCUGCGAGGGGUGUGCAGUGCAGAUGUAGCCCUUGUGAAACACCAUUUUAACUUGCUUAAAUCCAACAUUUGACCUGCAGCUCCCUGACCCCACUUACUGCUGGAUACUAAGUGUAUUCAUGUGCCAUCCUCUCGGGAUCUCUGGAACAGUAGGCAGGACUAGAUGUACUUUUUUGCAGCACAGGUGAGGAAGGUGGCUGCUACGGGUGGGGGUGGGUGUUAGGCAGUAGUGAAGUGGGCUGAUGACUCCAUUCUUCCUAACUUUGGUAAACAAAUCUGUUCCGAGACAUUGAGUUCAUGUGCACGGCAGUGGGGAGGUGUAAUUCCUGACGUGAGUAGACAGACAUGCACUAAAAAUAGCAGCGAGGCCAGGAGUCUGUACCUAAGAUCGCUGACGGAAUUGUACUCGGGUGACUAGCCUGAGCUGCUGCCCAUGCUGAUCAGAGCUGGAGUGGGUACGUCUGCCUGAGCUGGGAAUUACAGCUCUUGGCUGCAGUGUAGGUCUGUCCUUAUCAGUGACAAUUGCCACCAUUGUAGUUCGAAACCCAAAAUGCAAAUUAACAGCCUUUCCCUGUGGUACUGUGCUAAGUGUGUUGUGGUAGUUGACGGCAAUUGACGAAGCAAACACCACUGGAUGCUUUGCCUUUUAUUUGAAUAAGAUUUGGGGGCUGUUCCAGUAGCAGAAUAAUGGAACAGAGGGGAGCCUACAAAGACAACAGUGAAGAAAAAUCCUUGGUUUUAUCAGUCAAUAUUAAAAUUUGUUGAUUGAUUGACCUACUAUGCUCUGUCUAGCUUGGGAAACUGCAAAUCAGUUUCUCUUUUUUUGUAUGUGUGUGUUUAUCAAUCAGAGUAAAGCUUUUUUUUUCUUCUGUC